AUGGGGAAGACACGCGGUAUGGGAGCUGGGCGCAAGCUCAAGACCCACCGCAGGAACCAGAGGUGGGCUGACAAAGCAUACAAGAAGAGCCACUUGGGCAAUGAGUGGAAGAAACCCUUUGCUGGAUCAUCUCACGCCAAGGGCAUCGUUCUGGAGAAGAUUGGUAUUGAGGCCAAGCAGCCGAACUCUGCCAUCCGUAAGUGUGCCCGUGUUCAGCUGGUGAAGAAUGGGAAGAAGAUUGCUGCCUUUGUGCCGAAUGAUGGUUGCCUGAACUACAUUGAGGAGAAUGAUGAGGUGUUGAUUGCUGGAUUUGGUCGUAAGGGCCAUGCUGUGGGAGAUAUUCCUGGUGUCAGGUUCAAGGUUGUGAAGGUAUCUGGUGUGUCGCUGCUUGCACUCUUCAAGGAGAAGAAGGAGAAGCCAAGUACGUCGGCCAAAAUGACCCAGAGCAGGAAGGGUAACUGGAACUAUGAGGAGAGCCAACUGACGAUCUGGAAUGGCAAUGGUGGUACCUGGAACAAGAAAUAA